AUGGAUGAGGACAACAUGACGAGGAGCGAGGAGCAGGAGCUGAGUCUGCAGAAGGCGCUGCAGCAGUGCGAGCUGGUCCAGAACAUGAUCGACAUCAGCAUCUCCAACCUGGAGGGGCUCCGCACCAAGUGCGCCGCCUCCAACGACCUCACGCAGAAGGAGAUCCGCACCCUGGAGAGCAAACUGGUGAAGUAUUUCAGCCGGCAGCUGUCCUGCAAGAGGAAGGUGGCCCUGCAGGAGCGCAAUGCCAAACUGGAGGGCUUCCCCCAGCUCCUGCACUGGUUCCGCAUUGUCGACAUCCGGAAGGAGGUGAUGGAGGAAAUCGCCCCUGGGCAGCUGAGCCUGGAGGAUCUGCUGGACAUGACCGAUGACCAGGUCUGUGCCACCGUGGAGAAGUUUGGGGCCAACAGCGAGGAGUGUGCCCGGCUGAACGCGUCCCUGUCCUGCCUCCGCAGUGUCCACAAGUCCGGCGGGAGCCUCUCCAAGCAGGACUGGACCAUCCAGUGGCCGAGCACGGAGCCGGGCAAGGAGAACAGCCCCGGCUGCCCCGCGGAGCCGGGACCCUGGGGCAGGACGCACCUGAGCCCCAAGGUCCAGCCCAAGUGCGGGCAGCACCACUGCCACGCCAGCUCGUCCCACGGCCCCAUGUACACCCACGUGGACCGCCUGACCGUGGAGGGCCACCCGGGGCUGUGCCCACCCCUGGAGUCCGGCCACCGCUCCCUGCCACCGUCCCCCCGGCAGCGCCACGCCGCGCACACCCCCCCGCGCACCCCCAACAUCGUCACCACCAUGACGCCGCCGGGGACCCCGCCCGUGCGCCGCAGGAACAAGCUGAAGCCCCCCGGGACGCCCCCGCCCUCGUCGCGGAAGCUGAUCCACCUCAUCCCGGGAUUCACGGCGCUGCACCGGAGCAAAUCCCACGAGUUCCAGCUGGGGCACCGCGUGGAUGAGGCGCACACCCCCAAAGUCAAGAAGAAGAACAAACCCCUGAACCUCAAGAUCCACAACAGCGUGGGGAGCUGUGAGAACAUCCCGGCCCAGCGCUCCCCUCUCCUCUCCGAGCGCUCCCUGCGCUCCUUCUUUGUGGGGUACCCGCCCUUCCUGCCCUCCACUCCGCCCGUCCACACUGAAGCCACCUUCUCAGCAAAUACGCUGUCAGUGCCUCGCUGGUCCCCGCAGAUCCCUCGGCGGGAUUUAGGAAACUCCAUAAAACACAGGUUUUCCACCAAGUACUGGAUGUCUCAGACCUGCACCGUCUGCGGGAAGGGAAUGUUGUUCGGCUUAAAAUGCAAAAACUGCAAGCUCAAGUGCCACAACAAAUGCACCAAAGAGGCCCCUCCGUGUCACCUGCUGAUCAUCCACCGCGGAGGGAGACGAGCCGGUCGGGGCGAGGCAGAUUUGCAUUGCAAACCACUUCCACCCACCCUCCCCCUGCCUCCUUUUCUUUUCAGAUUCCCCACCGCACGGGCAAGGUUAGUCCGGACAGAGUCGGUGCCCUGCGACAUCAACAACCCCCUGAGGAAGCCCCCCCGGUAUUCGGACCUGCACGUCAGCCAAACGCUCCCCAAAACCAACAAACUCAACAAGGACCACAUUCCGGUGCCCUACCAGCCAGAUUCCAGCAGCAACCCCUCGUCCACCACGUCGUCCACGCCGUCCUCGCCGGCCCCGCCGCUGCCCCCCAGCGCCACCCCCCCGUCCCCGCUGCACCCGUCCCCGCAGUGCCCGCGCCAGCAGAAGCAGUUCAACCUGCCAGCCUCCCACUACUACAAGUACAAGCAGCAGUUCAUUUUCCCAGACGUGGUGCCUGAGACGCCGACCCGAGCCCCGCAGGUCGUCCUGCACCCCGUCACCUCCAACCCCAUCCUGGAAGGAAACCCAUUGCUUCAAAUUGAAGUGGAGCCCACCUCGGAGAAUGAGGAAGGCGCCGAGGAGGUGCAGGAGUCCGAGGACGACUUCGAGGAGAUGAACCUCUCGCUGCUCUCCACGCGCAACUUCCCGCGCAAGGCCAGCCAGACCAGCAUCUUCCUGCAGGAGUGGGACAUCCCCUUCGAGCAGCUGGAGAUCGGGGAGCUCAUUGGGAAGGGCCGCUUCGGGCAGGUGUUCCACGGGCGCUGGCACGGGGAGGUGGCCAUCCGCCUCAUCGACAUCGAGCGCGACAACGAGGACCAGCUCAAGGCCUUCAAGAGGGAGGUCAUGGCCUACCGGCAGACCCGGCAUGAGAACGUGGUGCUCUUCAUGGGGGCCUGCAUGAGCCCGCCCCACCUCGCCAUCAUCACCAGCCUGUGUAAAGGACGGACUCUCUACUCCGUGGUGAGGGACGCCAAAAUUGUCCUGGAUGUCAACAAGACGAGGCAGAUAGCACAAGAAAUUGUGAAGGGAAUGGGAUACCUGCAUGCCAAGGGCAUCCUCCACAAGGACCUCAAGUCCAAGAAUGUCUUCUACGACAACGGGAAGGUGGUGAUCACCGACUUCGGGCUCUUCAGCAUCUCCGGGGUUCUCCAAGCGGGCAGGAGGGAGAACAAGCUGCGCAUCCAGAACGGCUGGCUGUGCCACCUGGCUCCCGAGAUCAUCCGGCAGCUCUCUCCCGACACCGAGGAGGACAAGCUGCCCUUCUCCAAGCACUCGGAUGUCUUUGCACUGGGCACCAUCUGGUACGAGCUGCACGCCCGGGAAUGGCCCUUCAAGACGCAGCCAGCGGAGGCCAUAAUCUGGCAGGUGGGAAGAGGGAUGAAGCCCAACCUCAGCCAGAUCGGGAUGGGCAAGGAGAUCUCGGACAUCCUCCUGUUCUGCUGGGCCUACGAGCAGGAGGAGAGGCCCACCUUCACCAAGCUCAUGGACAUGCUGGAGAAACUGCCAAAGCGCAACCGCCGCCUUUCCCACCCGGGGCACUUCUGGAAGUCGGCAGAGCUGUGACGGAGGAGUUAUGGGACGGUGCCUUCCUCCCCCAGCGGGUCUCCUCUUCCUCUCCGCUUCCCACCCUGCGCUACGGAGGAGCAGCGGGGCCGACAGCGGGCCGGGAACGAGACUCUUCCCCCGCGGCGUUUCAUCAUGCCGGGAGUCCUCCCGGCGCGGGCGGGAGGAGCCGGAGCAGCCCCGGGAGCGCCCGGCUGCGGUGGGAUGGGGACAGCGUGCGGCUCUCCGUGCACAGGCGGUGGCUCUGGGGACAGAACCCCCCGAGCAGGGGUGACCCACAGGACAAUGACUUCAGUUGAUCCCCAGGGCUCCUCUGAUCCCGAUCCAGUGCUCACGACGAUGCUCGGCUGGGGAGGGCUUGUUCUCGGUUCUCUGUGGGUUUAUUUAAUUCCCUUUAUUUAUUUCUUUGCGGUUUUGUCAUGACAAAAGGGGGAAUGUCGCUGAUUCAUGAGUUUAUCCCCGGAUCCUGCGGGGCCAGGGAGUGCCACUGCCAUUAGCUGCCCCCCGCGGGGAAAUGCAUCUGUCCCGCUGCCCCCGCGCCCCGCAGCCCCUUCGUGGGCAGCGCUGACCUUUCACAAGUGGCUUCUCUCCCUCCCAGCCGCGGCCACUUUCGUGUCCCCCCGCGGGUCUCCCUGCCAGCGGGGCACAUCUCCACAUUCCCGUUAAUUUAUCUGCUUUUCCUGGGGUGUGUCUCAUCAGCCAGCCCUGCCCGCUCACUCCCCAUCACUGCCCUGCUCCUGGCUUUGCUCCUCACUCCCAAAACCCGGGGUUUGGGGGUGCUCUGGGGCUGGACACAGCAGGAAUUGGGAUCCAUCCUCUCUCCUGUGGCCUUCCCGGGCUCAUUCCUACGGCUGGGAAUGCAGGCAGGCUCUGGUUGUACAGAGCAGCUCCCAGCCCCGCUCUGGGACAUCUCAGCCACGCCCAGCACCAUUUCCCCCCACGUGCUCAUCUCCCAUCAGCCAAAUCCCAGAGUUUCCCCAAAAAUUCUCUCUGGGAGCUGCUGUUGCCACCUGAAUCCCACGUGCUGGUAUUUCCCUCUCCCCCCACGCCAGCUCGGAUGGGCCCUCCAGCCCCUCGGAUGAGCUGUCAGAUGAGAGCAAAUUGCAUUCCCAGGCUCUCAUGGAGCAUAAUUGCUUGUCAGGAACCAUCCCAGAUAAUUCAAUUGUAGUCUCAGUUCACUUUAAUUUGGAGCCGUGACGAGGCUUUGCAAACUCAGCCAGCCCUGGUUUGUCUGGCUGCUGCUCCAGCUCCUCCUCGCUGGUGUUGGGAGUGCUUUAGCAUAAGUAAAUGAAGAUUAGAAACUUAAUUGCAGCUGGGAUGAGAUGGGGUUUUAAUUGUGGGGGCAUUAAAAUCCCCACGCGUGCAUGUGUGAAAAUUCCAAGGUGGGCGGGAGCAGGGAGGGGUGGACCCAGCCCCCAAAAGGAUCCGGAGGAGUCGCCUGCUGAUGUUUUUGGGAUGGGAGGCAGCGCAUGGAGCUGGGAUGGGGCAGGAUGGCCGAGUGGGAUGGGCAGGCUGAGCCCUCGUCUGGGUUAACUGCUCCCUGCGCCGGCAGCACAAUCGGGGGUCCCUGAGUUAGGGCUGACCCCACCUGCCCAUCCCAGCUCUUCCUGCCCUUUCCCAGCCCAGCCCGCAGCACCCAUGGCCUGCGCUGUCCCUGCUGCCCCCCAGCUCUCCCUCUGCACACGCGUGCCACAAACCUUGCACCAAAACCUCAGAGUCUCUCUGAGCUCUCACCAAUGCCUUCACCGGGCUCUGGGGGAGGCACGAAAUCCCCUUCCCCAGAGGUUUUGGGUGCUGGGGAGCACAGGGAGGUGUCACAAUCCCCAGACCCCGUCCAGAGGGAGCGGGGUCCUGCUGGCUGUGGGGGUUUGGAGGUUUGGAGCAGGUGUGAAUUCCCAGGUGAGCAGGAGACAGGGAAAGGUGUUGGAAGGAGGAAGAAGGUGACACCAGGGCUGGAGCCUGGUGGAGGUUGUGUGGAUCUGUGGUGGAAGGGACAAGAUCUGUCUUGGGGUCAUCGUGGGCUUGCUCCCUGUGUCCCAAGUCCUGACCUGGCCUGGGAGGUCUCACCUUGAUGUGUCCCUCGUGGGGUCUCACAGCUGCUGGCAGACUCCAGAUGGAUUUUAUGGGCCAGGAGUCGAGGGAACAGUGAACUGAGGGGUGUUGGGUGUUUGCUGGCUUCCCCCAGCCUCACUGGGCUGCAGCCUUGGCCACAGAACCAUGGAAUGGGUUGGGUGGGAAAGGACCUCAAAGCCCAUCCCAUCCCUGCCAUGGCAGGGACACCUUCCACUGUCCCAGGCUGCUCCAAGUCCCAUCCAGCCUGGCCUUGGACACUUCCAGGGAUCCAGGGGCAGCCACAGCUUCUCUGGGAAUUCCAUCCCAGCCCCUCUCCACCCUCCCAGGGAACAAUUCCUUCCUAAUAUCCCAUUUAACUCUGCCCUCUUUCACUUUAAAGCCAUUCCCCUUGUCCUAUCUCAUUCCACACCUUUCUCCACUGAAUUUUGGGUGUCUGGAAGAAAUUAAAUAUUCCUACAGCCAACCUCUCCCUGCUCUCCACCCUCUUCCUCCCCUCUCCCCUCGCUGUGGUACAGCCACAGGCACAGCACAAUGGUGUCGAUGGCAAAAGAGCUGUCCUGAAUUUAUCCCAAAUGAGCUCCGAGGAACAGCUCCUUCCCUUCCAUUCCAGUUGUUCAGGCUGCCACGUUAUUUCCAUCAUUCCUUCUUAUUUUUAAAGUCUUAGUUAUUUAAACAAAACCCCACCCAGCAAACCAACAAAUCUUAUUUUUGUUGUUGUUGUUGUUUGGGUUUGGUUUUUUUUGACGCUGCCUUUGUGAAGGAUUUGUUUGUUUUUUUUUUCCUUUGGCCCAGUUUAUAAAUAUCCAGCGCUUCAGCAGGGAGGGAAUGCAGGAGAAGCUCUCCACAAUAGCCUCUAAUAGGAGCUCCGAAGGAGGGAGAGGGUCCAUCCGGAGGCUCGGUUUAGCUUUGAGCCAGGCCUAUUUCCAGCCAAGCUGGGCUUAGCUCGGCGCUGCCUUUGAGAUGCAGGAGCCGCCCCCAGCCCCAGGGCAGUUCUCACCCCCCAGUGAUGCUCUCCUGGCCCAGCCCUGCUGCUCCAUCCUCCCAUCACCCUCCCUUCUCUCCCCAGAGCUCCCUGACUUUGCUGCUGCCGAUUUUUCCAGCAUUUUGGUGCUGAUGGGGUCACCGCGUUUGGGGCUGGGUCGUGUGGACUCUCCCAGAGGGGGAAGAGGUGGCCCCAAAGCUCCGUGUCCUCCUUUGGCUGCUAAAGUAUAUUCCCUGCUCUGGCUUUUCCUUCUCUUUCCCUUUCCCCACAAAUUCCCAAAUCCUCACUGAGCCCUGACCGGGCAAUUUCUGGGAAUGACGAGCUCAGAGUUCGGCCCCCGUGACUUUUAUCCAGUCCUUGACCGUGGCAGGAGCUGGGAUGAUGCAGAUUUGGGAUGGAUGGGAGGCAGAAAUGAAUGUCUUGGAGGUGGAGGAGCUGCUCAGCCUUUCCUAGAGCCUGGAAUUAUGGAAUGGUUUGGGUUGGAAGGGACCUCAAACCCCACGGGCAGGGACACUUCCACAACCCCAGGCUGCUCCAAGCCCCAGUGCCCAGCCUGGCCUUGGGCACUGCCAGGGAUCCAGGGGCAGCCACAGCUGCUCUGGGCACCUGUGCCUGCCCUCGCCAGGAAAAAUUCCCUCCCAAAACCCAGUCCAGCCCCUCCCUGUGCCAAUUUAGGAUUCCAUGGAAGAGCUGGUGCCUGGAACUCGGCCUCUGGCUGUGUGAGAAGGGCUCUGUGCUGAGCCCCUCUCUGCCCCCCCAAGUGCCCUGGGUCGAGCCCUUCCUCCUUUCUUCACCCUUUAUUUAUUUUAAAUUAUUUGAAUUCAAUUGAAUUUCUAUGAAUUUAUUUAAAUUUAUUUGACUUUCUAUGAAUUUAUUUGAAUUAAUCUAUUUUUGUUGCCAACAGCAACUCUUUGCGGGGGGGAAGCUUGGUCAGCUGCGAGCGCUGCCUUUAAUUUCAGGUCGCUGUAAAUUCCCGUGUUCCAUUGCCUUGUACAUAAGGUAUAUAUGGAUAUAUAUACAUAUCUCUAUAUGUAUGUAUAUAGAUAUAUACAGACCUCAAUCCUGUACAGUUUCCAACUGAACUCGCUGGCCUGCUUCGUUUUCUCCGUGGUAGUUCUGCAGAAUGAGCUGAUUUUCAGUUCCCUUUUCCUCCCUCCACCCCCUUUUUUCUUUUUAUAAAUAUAUAUAUAAAUAUAAAUAUAUAUAUAUUUUGUUGUCGUCGUUGCAAAAAAAAUACCACCUCCGGAAAAAAAGAAGCUGGUGAGAAACAAAAAUACAAAUCACCCCCACAAACCACCGACAAAAAAAAAAAAAAAAAAAAAAAAAAAAGAGAGAAUUU